AUGGGUAGUAAUUUCCCAUAGCAACCAAACGACACCUUAAACUUUGCUUAAACCAAGUUCAACUUCAAUUGUACUUCCCUAAUCCCUACAAAUCUUCCCCUCGUCCCUCGUCCCUCGUCCCUCGUCCCCUUAAUCUAACUUCAAUUAGGAUACACCCUAACCCAAUCAUUUUAAAACAAAAACAACAUAAAAAUAUAAAAUCCCUUCAACUGUGCAUUCAAUCACCCCCUCUUCUUUCCUCUUUCUCUCUCCUCCCCUACUCUCCUUCCUCUGUAUUCUGCAAUGAAUUUCUUCAAAUCUGUCUUCGCAGACGAAGACCCAGAACCCGAUCCUCAAUCACCACAAUCUUCUCCCAAACAUCAACAACCCCUUCAACCCGAACCCGAAUCCGAACCCGAAGAUCAAUCCACAGCACCACCCACAUGGGGUUUCGUCGGCGGCUUAAUCAAAACCUUCGCAACAAAAUCCGAAUCCGUAAUCGAAACAUACCGUCGUGAUUUGCAGGAAUUUAGCUCUGGUUUAAAGAUUGAAACCCAGGUUUUCAAAGAGGUUGCAAGUUCAUCUCUCGAAGUUGGUGCAUCAAAAGCGCAAGAAUCCCUUGAAUCUGUUGGUCAAGCAAUUGAUAAUAUUGGAUCUGUUGUUUGGAAAUCUACUGCUCAGAUUAUUGCUCAAGGGAGUGAUUCGGAUCUCGAGAACCCGGAUUCGAGCCCGCGAUCGAAUCCGGGGUUGAAUUUGAAUCCAAUUGAUGGAAGGAAGUACAGUAGGUUUGAUGCGCAGUUGAGGGGGAUUCAAUGUGAUGUGAAUACGUAUGUUGAGGAAUUUGAGGAUGUGGGUGAGUUUGAGAAGUGGAAAUCGUCGUUUAAUUUGGGGGAAAAGAGUGAAGAAAUGGGGAAUUUGAUGAGGGAAAAUGGGGUUAUGGAAGGGAUUUAUAAAAGGGUUGUUCCCAAUUUGGUUGAUCAUGAUUUGUUUUGGUAUAGGUAUUAUUUUAGGGUUUAUAAAUUGGAGCAAGCUGAGAGUGUUAGGGCAAAAUUAGUGGAAAGAGCGAAUGAGGAUGAAGAAUUGAGCUGGGAUGUUGAUGAUGAUGAAGAAGAAGAAGAUGAUGAAUUGAAACAACCUGAUGUUGUUGAUGGUGGUGAUAAUGUAGGGGAGGAGGAGAAGGGAGAGAAGGUGAAAGACGAAGGCGGUGUUGUUGAAUCGAAUGAAGAGGCGAAAACGGGAGGGAAUGAGGAGGAGGAGGUGAAGAAGAAGAAUGUGGAUGAGAAGACACCCUCAGAGGGGAGUAAGGAUAGUGAUAUAACAGUGGUUUCGACACAACCAUCUCGAGGAGAGGAGGAAGAGGAGGAGGAUCUUGGUUGGGAUGAGAUUGAGGAUCUUGGUAGUGAUGAUGAUGUUGGUGAGAAGAAAGGGAAGCAAACUGAGGGUGGUGGUGGGAGUCCGAGCAACCGGGAAGAAUUGCGAAAACGGUUGAGUGUUGCUGAGGAUGAUGAGGAUUUGAGUUGGGAUAUUGAAGAUGAUGAUGAACCUAUUAAGAAAAGUUAGAGAAAGGUGCAAUGUACAAGAGAUUAUAUAAGGUGAUGAAUCUGAUGAUAGGUGAAGCAUAAAUAAGGGUUAAAGCAGAAAGUGUAUAGGGAUAUGGAAGGUGCAUCUUAACUCGUUAAGCGAUCAUCAUUGCUCAGGUUGUGUUAUUAUUACUCAAUGAAUCAUUUAGCAAUAAAAACCAUUGCUGUUGAAGCCCACCAAGGCACCGAAUGCACAGCAACCUGCGGUUAGUCCUAUACCAGAAGUCCAGAAGUCUGUUUGGCCUGUUAAUACUAGAAUUGACCAGGGAUUCACUGUAAAUGCUGUCUUUGCUCGUUAUUGCCAAUAUAUUGGUCUGCUUCCUUACAUUUAUCUUGUAAUGCCUGCAAAUCAUUGAUAGAUGAAAGGAUCGUGUAUGCUCUUUUAAGGACUAGCUAAAAUAGAUUACCUUUGUCUGUGCUGAUCUACUUCAAGUGGUUAUAGUAUUUACUGUACUGAAGCGCUCUACACGACAAUCUUAUUGUUUUAGCCGUGGAUUAUUUUUUAAUCAAUACAACUAUAACUU